UUCAAAUGAGAUACUCUGACAUCCUAAGAGAUAACCCGUGUAGGCUAGAUAGCAUUGCUGGCGAAGUCUUGGCAUUAGUGCUGCAUGACCAUGGAUAACAGGAGCAGAGCACAUGAUGUGAAAUAUGCACUUCAGCGGGCAAAACACAAAAUAUCAAACUUGGAACAUGAACUUUCUGUGAAGGAGAGCUGUUCAGAGAGUGAAGAGGAGCAUCUUUCUUCGACAUGGGUGAACAAGCCGGAACUCAAAGACUCCCUUUUUGACAUGUACAGAGCUAAUCCCAAAGUCAAUGAGGAACUGAAACAAAGGCUACCCUCCCCAAUAAGGACCCACAGUGUAGAGACCACAGCACAACUUGGCCUCCCUAAGUCCCCCUCGGUAUCGGAACCAUCUCAAAGUACAUCGGCGGUGUUUGAUAAAGAUCUACCACAGGUACCUCCUCCACCACCCAAACCUCCAAAGCCCUCGGGCAGAGCAUCCCCUCCCCUCCCCAGGGACAGGUCCCCAGACUCGGGCAGACCCAUGGACCAGGACAGGCCCUCUACUCCCAGGGUUCGGACCCCACAGGUCCCUGGUCCACCCAGCCCAGAGGGCCACAGUGGGAGCCCUCUCACCAGACACGCUCUCUGUAACCUGGAGGUGCCCAGUGCACCGCCUCCCUGCAGGGGCUCCUCGGAGGACCCGGUGAGCUUGAAAGUUGUCAGCUCAGGUGACUCCGCGCGGCACGUCCCGGCCGUGGACAAAGAGAAGAACAUCGCCUUCUUGCUCAAAGAGCUGGAUUCUCUGCGAGACCUCAAUAAGAAGCUUCAGGACAAACUAGCGAUGAGAGAGAAGGAGCUGGAGACCAAGCUGCUGGAUGCACAGCUGGAGGAGAGCCAGAUGGAGGCCCUGGCGUGCGAGCGAGCUGGAGCUCUGGUGGAGGAGAUCUAUAAGGCCCAGAGGGAGCGGGACCAGGCCGUGAUGGCGCGGCUCAGGCUGGCCAACGAGGAGCGAGACGAGGCCCUUCUCCGCGCCAAGAAGCUCCAGCAGGCCGCUAUUGAGCUGGAGAGUAUUAACCCACAAGAAAGCGAUAUGGACUUGGAGGAGCUGCUGAAUCGGGUGAACAACGCAGACUCUGCCCUGGGCAUCGAGCGCAGUGGAGUGGCCAUCUUGGAGCGGUUGCAGAAGGUCAAGGAGCGGAGGGCAAAGAUCACCGCGGAGGAGAUGAGAACGGUGAUGGAGGAGCGAGACAGUGCUUUUGUCAGGUGCAAGCGACUGGAAGAGGAUCUUCUCCACGCGCGAGAGCAGAGCCAGACGUCAGCAAACAGCGCCCGACACCUGCCCGCCGAAAACAAUCAGGAUCGCGUCCGCAAGGAGGAGUUGGAGGGGACUCAGAGAGACAGAGAUAAAGCCCUGGAACUCUGCCAGAAGUUGGAAGAGGAACUGCAGACACUACGCCUCUUCCAUAGUCAGCACCCCGUGCAGGCCGAGGAGACCGCCGUGAAGGAACAGGGCACCCCCACGCCAGCGUCACCUUUGGCCACCGACGCCAAGGAGGACCAGACCCACAGCCAGAACCAGGCCCUCCUGCCCCGUCUGCAGCUGCUGGCCAGCGAGCACCAGAACCUCCAGGCCCAGUUCCGGCGGUCCCAGGAGUCAGAGCGAGAGGCCAGCGAGAAAGUUCAGAAGUUGGAGCGGCUGGUGGAGGUGUUGAGGAAGAAGGUGGGCACGGGCAGCGUGAGGACAGUGAUCUGACUCGUGGGGGCUCCGCGCAAGGGCUGACCCGCCGACUGACCGGCCGGGCGGCCACAUCUGGUGACCAGGCAGUGGCGUUUAGCACUGAGUAAACACAGCCACAGCCUUGACUGGGCAAACAGUUGUUAGAAGUGGAGCACUCACACACAAAAAAAAAAGCCUCAUUCCAAACCCCACUCCCAAAAGAGAAAGGGAGAGAGGGGGAGAGAGAAAGAGGAAAAAAAGUAGAAUUGUAAAUGUUUAACCACUUGGUUGUUACUGCCGUGGGUUACGGCUGUCUCCCUUCCAUUCCACCUUCUGCUGAAAAUCUUUUUUUCUUAUUGGAGUCACAGUAUUGAUCUUUUAGCAGCACUGUUUGUGUUGAUGUGGGAGUCUGAUCAGGACAAGGGAAACAGGCUUCUCUCACACUCUGUUAUUGGAAGGUUUCAGACACCACCAACUAAGGUCUUAAGAUGUCAAGAGCGGAGGUCUUUUUUUUAUAAGGAAAACUGGUGCUUAGUAAUAUUAUAUCUGUAUUAUCUUAUUUUAUUGUGUGUUCUGUUUACUUCAGAAAAGGGACUUUUUUAAGGAAAUGGAAAUCUAUCAGUAUUUUAAAGCCUUCAUUGUAAUCAUAGAUAGGGUGACUUGGUCAGAAUAUUACUUUUGUGUUUCACUAGAUUUUUUUUCAAACCAUUAACCAUCAACAGUAUGUCAAUGAGAACAUAUGUAUUAAGGUAUAAAAUAAAAUCAUGGAAAUUACAUGAAUACAGACGUUUCUACAUCAAUUAACAUUUGUUUAAUUGUUGGCCUACUGAAUGAUGUACACAACAACGCCAGGUAUUCUAAUGUUAUGGGAUUCCUAUCCCGAUAUUCAUACAGAAUGAUUUAUGGGCUAAUGCUUCCUAAACUCUCUCAUUAGCUAAUAUGUUUCGUCAGAAGACGACU